AUGCAGGCAAAACAUAUGAAGAGUCAAAGUUCUCCACACCCUCUCAGUUGCCCCAUCGACCAAGACAGAUCCCCUUCCACCAAUGAUGAGGGCUACCGCGGCAACCCCAGACAAUCAGUCAGCAAGAUUAGCCGAAGCCUCCAGAACAGCAUCAAAUAUCGCAUCCUGUACUUGUCUGAGCAGCUAGAAGUGGAGAAAGCCAGACGGGAUGAGAACACAGUAGGCUAUCUCAAACUAGUGUCCAAAGCUCACCGGCACCAGGCCAUUCGCAUUAGACAAGCCUUCGAGAAGGUGAACCAGCGCUCUUCAGCCACUAUUGCCCACAUAGAACACAAGCUCCAACAGUACCACCAGCAGCUCCAGGAAAUGGAAGAGGGGAGAAGGCCCAAGCGCUCAUCACUGAAGGAAGAGAAGGCCAAGAAGAGCCAGGAAUCCGCUGAUAAAGCCCGUUUGGUGGAGAACCCGAAGACCAGAGCAGAGGAAUCCCAAUCCACAAAUGCCCUGGAUAUCUUAGAGAAAGAUGUGCUGGCUGCUGCCUCCCCCCAGGAAAAAUCCUCAAAGAAAGAUAGCUUGGGCCGGCAACAGAGCCCACUUUUCCUGAACGUCAAGGAAGAGCUAGAAGAUAUAAAAAAAUCCCAUAGCAGACUUGAGCUAUUUUAUCAAGCCCUGAAGGAGAAGUACCUGACGGACUUGCAGCUGAUUAUCGAGUCUCUUCACGAGGACAAAUAUAGGCAAAAGGUGAUUGAGGAACAGGUCAAUGACCACAUGCAGGGGCACCUGAGUGAGAUUUCCCAUAUCAAAAAGAACUUGGCCUGCACUGAAGAGAAGAUGACCUAUCUGUCCUAUGACAGAGCCAAGGAGAUAUGGGAGGUGAUACGGACCUUUCAGAAUCAAAUUUCCAAACUGGAGACCCAGCAGCAAGUAGCCCAACUAGAAAUAACUGAGAAGCCCAGAAGCCACUCCCAAGUCUUCCUAGCCAAGUUCAUGAGCUUGAUCCUCACUUUGACCACCAUUCUCCUCAUCUGUGUAUCCACCAUCUGCACGUCCCCCUUUCCUUUCAUCAGAUGUCGUCUCUGUUUCUGCACCAUCUUCCUGCUCAUUGGGCUGGGGAUGGUCACCUGGCAGAAGUACUCCAUUCUGUACACAUAUUGGCAUGAGCAGAUCUUAUCGAGAUUGAAAUUGUAUUAUACAGACUCCAGGCCUCUGAUGAGUUAAGCUUAAAGCAGCAAGACAAGUCUCUUCAGCCUGGGAAUGCCUGCUAGAUGUCUCCUUCAGGAAUGGCCUGUCCUCUGUUCCUUCUUCCUGCUGCUAUGAAGUUUUCAAAAACUCAAUACUUCUCCCCCAAGUUAUUUCUGCUCAUGCUUCCUGACCACCUUCCCCCAAAAUGGGUGAUUCAGAGAAGGGAUGGGGUUUUCUACUGUCUACUUUCCUUAGUGUUUAAAUAUUAAAAGCUGAAAAGUAAGAAAUCCAUCUCCUUUGUGUUCCCUAGUGCCUCCUCCUUGGACUCGUCUUUGCUUUCUGUUCCACCUCUGCUCUGAGAAUGGGAUGACCUUGGCAGCCUUAGACUCUGGCUGCCCAGAAAGGGAGGAAUGGGGUCUCUCAAACAAUUGGAAACUCAGAAGUGGGAAAGCUUCCAGGAGACUAGUAUUGGCAACCUUUGUGGCUGGUUGCCUAGAAGAGGAGAAUCCACACUUUGUUCCACAAAGUUGGGAAGGAAACAGGGCAAGAUGAGGGUGGGAAGAAAAGC